CUCGAACAAACCGUCAAAGUUUAUCAUGAAGAGUGUCCUGCGCAAUGUCAAAAACGUCACAAAAGGCUACUCGGACUUGCAGAUAAAAACCCGUCAGGCCACUUGCAAUGACCCGUGGGGUCCCUCUGGAUCACUCAUGGCUGAAAUUUCAAAUUGCACAGAUAACCAGCGUGAUUUUAUGGAGAUUAUCGAGAUUAUUGACAAACGAAUGAACGAUUCAGGAAAAAACUGGAGACAUGUAUACAAGGCACUCACUGUGCUAGACUACUUGAUUAAAAAUGGUUCUGAAGCUGUAGUUGUGCAUGCCAAACAAAACCUACAUGUCAUCAAGACUCUCAAAGAAUUUCAAUAUAUUGACGAUGAGGGUCGUGAUCAGGGUGCCAAUGUUCGACAAAAGAGCAAAGACAUCACUGCACUUCUUGUUGACGAAUCACUGUUACAGGAAGCACGAGGUACUCGUGGAAGAGUACGCAAUCGUUUCAACUACAGUGCCGAAAGCGAAGGAGCUACCAACUCGGAAGAUGCUGAUCUUCGUCGCGCAUUGGAGGAAAGCAAACAGCAAGCGACAGAAGAUAGUCGAAGAAGAAAAGAACGUGAACAAGAAGAAAGCGAUAUUCAACGUGCUAUUGAGCUGAGUGAAAAGGAGGCCAUUCAGCGUAGAAUGGAUGCGCGAAACCGUCUAGAGCCACAAAUGACAGGAGAUAGUCUCUUUUCUGGAAACACUACCAAAGGUACAGAUAUCAUCGACUUUUUUGGCAGUUUGGAGCAGCCAGUGGCUCAGCAACAACCCCAGCAAACAGCGUUUGAUCCAUUUGCCGGGUUUGGUGGAGUGGAUCCAUUUGCUAUUCAGCAGCAGCAAUUGUUACAACAACAGCAGCAACAAUAUAUGCAGCAGCAACAACAACAACAGCUUUUACAGCAACAGCAACAACAACAGCUUUUACAGCAACAGCAGCAGCAGCAGCUUGCCCAACAGCAACAACUUGCUCAACAGCAGCAACAAGCACAGUUUGAUUUCUUUGCUAGCUUGAACCAGCAAUCUCAUGCCGCUGUUCCUCAAAACAAUCCAUUUUCAAUGCAGCAGUCUCAGGGAAAUGCGCCAGCCAAUCCAUUUGGUACAACUGCCACGCCUGAUCUUUCUCGAAAUCCCAACUCGUCCAUAGAUCCAUUUGCGAGCGUGUCAUCGAGAAAUCUCACACCUGCGGCAAACAAUCAAGCAUCUGAAUUUUCUGGAUUCAAUCCAUUUGGAACCACAUCGUCCCAACCAUUAUCAUCAAAUGCAGGAUCUUUACAAAAGCCACUGUUUGAUUUAGAUGCCUCAAGUCUUGCAUCGUCCGGUGUAUCUCAGCCAGUAAAUAAGAAUCCAUUUUCAACCACCAACACUUCGCGCUAUCAAUGGGAAGAUUCAAAGUCAAAACCCACGCUCUCUCAGCUGCAGGCAACUGGUGGGUUUCCUGCACCAACGGCAAAUAACCAUGGCUCAGGAUUGGGCUUGUCAGGAAUCCAAAACUUUGGUCAGGCUCCAGGGUGUUUUCCCAACUCCAUUGCACCACUGCAACCUUCCAUGACAGGCAGCAGUUUUUCGGGCGGAUCUAGCAAUCCAUUUGGAAUGAAUAUGGGUGGACAAGGAAUCCAACAACUGCCUUCUCAACAUACUGGUAGUAGCUUUGGCGGGCACAAUUUCCAAACUCAACAACCGCUUAAUUCUUUUGGUGGGACCAACACCACUACACCUUUUGGCACCCCAUUUCCGCAGCAACAACAAGGACCUUCAUCGUAUCAGCGGGCAAAUAAUUUUUUUUAGUGGUACUCUUGUUGAUUUCUCUCCAUUCGAUAUUCUAGUCUUGUUUAGUUUACGCUUUUUAGCUGAUCUUCACGGCUUUGCCGACUAUACUCUACUGAAAUAAACUAGUCUAUUUUCGAUGGG